AUGCCAGGGCUAAUCAACAAGAACAAAAGGAGUGCAUUGCCACUCAGUGUGUCUGAGAUCACUUCCUGUGUCAGAGGGUACACCUUGGCGACAACAGCCUCCAUGACAUACAACAACACUGAGGACAACCCCAUAGAAGGUCUCUUUGUGUACCCUUUGGACGAGUUCUCCACUGUUGUUGGUUUCGAAGCAAUGAUAUCCAGAAGGAUCCUAACAGUGCAAAUAAAAGACAAAGCAAAGAUGGACGACUGUUACUUCGACUGUUGUACGAUGUCCAAUGGAACCUUUCAGAGUGGCAUUGGACACAUUGUUUUAGAUGAAGACCUUGAACGGACGGUAUUAGUGGUAAACUUGGGUGUAAUUCCUCCAUUAGAAACAGUUACUGUGCUGGUGAGCACAUCCUCGGAGCUCAAUACACUGCCCAAUGGUGCGAUCAAGGUGGUCUUCCCUGCAGUCUGUACCCCCCAGGUCCAGCAGUGUGGGAAUGAAGAACCAAGCUCCACAGAAAACCCCUUUCAAAAAAAGGACAGACAUCACUGUGCGCUCGGCCCUCACGAUCAGACUGCGAACAGCAGCCAGCUGUGCCUCUCGUGGCUCCUGGAGGAUGAACCCAUCAACUCUAUAGACUAUGAUUUUACCUUUCAUCUGGAGAUCAAAGGGCCGUGCGUUUUAGCAGGUGUGGCAAGUCCGAGCCAUGCAAUCCGAGCAGACGCUGACCCCUCCGCCCACUCCGCCAGCAGUGUGGUCAUCACACUGGCUGACAAAUACACCUAUGACAAGCCAGUGGAGAUUCUCAUUUAUCCCAGUGAGCCCCACAUGCCUCACAUCCUUAUGGAAGAGGGGGACCUGACACCAGAGGAGUACGAGGAGCACCUCAAAGGACGCAGUGAUUUUAUUAAAGGAACCAAAACAGAUUCAAGCUGUGAGAAGAAGACAGAAAUCAUCAGGAAACGUCUACACAAGGACAUCAUCCACAACCCAGUUGCCAUGUUAAACUUCUGUCCUGAUUUAAAGGAUCUUCCUCCAGAUCUCAAGAAGGUGCAGGGAGAGUUUAUCUUUCUCAUUGACAGAAGUGGAAGCAUGAGUGGAGUGAACAUCAGCCGUGUUAAGGAUGCCAUGGUCGUGAUUCUGAAGAGCCUCGCUCCAGCCUGCCUGUUCAAUAUAAUAGGAUUCGGCUCAACUUUCAAAACCCUCUUCCCAGCUAGUCAGAACUACAAUGAAGAGACCCUGGCUGUUGCCUGCGAGUAUAUCAAGAAGAUCAGAGCAGAUAUGGGAGGAACCAACAUCCUCUCUCCUCUCAACUGGAUUCUGCGUCAGCCUGUGUACAGGGGACACCCUCGCCUGCUGUUCCUGUUAACCGAUGGGGCUGUAAGCAACACAGGGAAGGUUAUAGAACUCGUCCGCAACCAUGCACGUUGCACCAGGUGUUACAGCUUUGGGAUUGGACAGAAUGCCUGUCGAAGGCUGGUGCUUGGACUCGCCUCUGUUUCCAAAGGUACUGCUGAAUUUCUGGCUGAAGGAGAAAGACUUCAACCAAAGAUGAUAAAAUCCCUGAAGAAAGCGAUGGCCCCUGUUCUAAGCGAUGUCACCAUUGACUGGUUGUUUCCUGAGACAAAGGAAGUGCUGCUCUCUCCAGUGGGUGCCAGCUAUCUGUUUCCAGGGGACCGUCUGAUUGGCUACAGUGUUGUGUGUGACACGUCACGCUAUCAUCCCAACCCUAAGUCUGAAAAGAGAAGGCGUUACAGCAUGAUGCACUCCAACGAAUCCACUAGCUCAGUGUUCUACCAUUCCCAAGAAGAGGAGCCAGCUAAAGCCAAUGUGGAGAGCAGGAGAUUGUCAAGAGAUGUGACUGUGGGCUCCCUGCGUGAGAGUUACCAGGAAACAAUAUCGGACUGUGUGCCAAUCAGUGAAGAACAACAUACACAAAUAGACUCUGGAGCUGAGACCAAGACCUCUCCAAGGAGAAGAGCAUACAGCACUAAUCAGAUUGCUGAGCACUCCCAUUUUAAGAGAGGAUUUACAUGCAGUGACCCCAACUCCGUGGCAAGCAAGAACCCCUUGAGAAGGGUGACGGCGCAGGUGCUUGCUGGACAGGUCAGCCCUGAUGCUGGGUCUCAGUGGGGAGCUGAUAUCCAGGUGAGUCUCAAAGCCACAUGGAAUCUAAAUCAAUACACAUCUUCUGCAAGAGCCCGAGCCCCUAGUGGACGGAGGCCAUCGUUACUUCAUCAGAACUGUGUCUCCCUGAGCCAGGAGCUGGACGUGCCCCAACUACAAGCCAGCUUGCAAGCUGUGGCCAAGAGCAUGGGGCAGGAGGAGCAAGCUUCUGGGUCCAGGUCUUCAACAGACAGCCCAUCAGUGAGCAGCUGUGGAGACCAGGAGAGUUUACACCAUCGGAUGUAUGAGAUGGAGCGGUCUCUGGAAGCAUUGACCCCGGACAUGGAGCGCUCCACACAGGACUGCAAGGCUGUGAUCUCAGGGCUGCUAUGUGGGAAGCCUGUCCAGUGGGAGGUAGCGUUCGAUGUGUCUCAAGUUUUAAAGGCAAGACUGCGUGAGGAGACCCUGCAGGAAGACUUGUGGAGUGAAACAUUCCAUCACCUGGCGGCGAGGUCCGUCAUACGAGACUUUGAGCAGAUGGCAGAUAAAGAAUGUGAAAUAGAACACGGUUCUGGAAGGAGAUACCAGCUCAAUGCCAUUCACACCAGCAAAGCAUGUAACAUAAUCAGCAAACACACAGCAUUUCUACCAAUAGAUCUGGACAGCAAUGAAUACCUGCCAACAUGUAUUGAGUACUCCAACACAGCUGAGGGUUUGAAGCAGGGCAGCAGCAGAGGCUCGCGUUCAGGAAGUCGAAAGAACAGAGGCUACUCCAUAGGGCUGGGUCGCUCCCAAUCUGGCUGUGGAUCCGAUGUGCCUGAUGAUGGAUUCUCUACACUGAAUAUGGAAGAUAACAACCUGUCUCCCUGCAGCACGCCUUCUUCUUCAGGUUGGGAGAGAUGCAGCUUUGCAGAAGUGCCGCAGAGAAGUCCUUCAGUGUCCUCUGUUCACUCUCAGAGAUCCAUCGAGAGCUUGUUUUCAACCGGGUUAAGUCUGAGUGGAAAUCGGUUGCUGAGUGGUGCUGCAAAACGUUUCAUGUGCAGCUCACCCAGUAAAACCAACGAGUCCAGCGGUGAGAGCGACAAUGAAAACAAUCACGACUACUUACCACUGGUUUCCUUACAGUUAGCAUCUGGAGCGUUUGUUCUCGACAGUGCUUUCUACGAGGCGAUACACAUCCCAAUGGAGAAACUGAAAUGGACGUCUCCAUUUGCUCGUCACCGUUUAAGUGCCACCCACACGUCCCACUCCAGCAGCUCCAGCAGCUUCAAGAAGACACAGGAGAAUCAAGCUGAGUCAGCAGACAGCGGCAAUGCGCUCUCUCCCCUUGAGGUUGAAAUCAACCAGCCUGGCGGGGCUGGCGGGAGGCCUCGACACUUUUCUGGCAGCCAGGCAGAAAGUCAAUCCAGGAUACUAAAGAUGGAGAAUGAACUUUCACCUCCCACAGUAACAGUGCGCAGGUUCUCUUCCCCCGAACACACCCAGUGCUCUGCAGCGUCCCAGGCAGACAGUGGAAGGGGGUCAGAGACAGACAGCUGUGACAGCCCUCUUGUGACAGCCCUCCACCACAGCCACUAUCUUCUGGAGCCAGAAGGGAUGGUGUGGGCCACAGCGGUAGCGCUUGCCUGGCUGGAGCACAGCUCGGCUGGUUAUUUUAUUGAAUGGGAGCUGGUGGCUGCCAAGGCUAGCAUGUGGCUAAGUUCUCAGGAGAUUCCGGAAGGCCGUGAUCUUGCUAGUGUUAAAGUGGCUGCCAGGCAACUUUUUGUCUUACUUAGGCACUGGGAUGAAAACCUCCAGUUAAAUAUGCUGUGCUAUAACCCUAACAGUGUUUAAAUAGAUUCAUAUCUGUACAGGUGGCACCUGGUACUGUUAUA